GUCGUCUUGACCAUGUCUACAUGCUUAAAUGCAAUGAGUUGCUGCCACGUGAUUGGCUGAUUAGCUAUGUGCGUUAAUGAGGAGUUGUGGAGAGCAGAAGUCUAAAUAAAUGUACAUGUUUCAUACUUAAUCAAGGAGUCUGGAUACUUUAACUGCUAGCUAGUUAUUAGUUAUGUAAGACAGAAAAUAAGCCACAUAUAAACUCUAUUCAUUCCACUAUUGUAUUCUUCAAAGUCAUGAAGUCAGACUUUACACUAGUGUCCACAUAAUAAGGUUUAGAGACUAAGUAAUAGAUGUUGUAAGUCAUAACCUUUGGGCCUCACCUUGAUGGAGUCAAUUUGAUAAAAUAUCAAGAAAAACGAGUUUGAGUAGGGAGAGGCUGCUGUGUUUAAAAAGGCUUGAGUGCCUGAGGAGUUCAUCAGAAGGACUCUCUGCGCUUACUGGAGGCAAAACAUCAGUGACAGCACAUGAUGGCAGACUGGACUGUGUGGAUACUCCUGAUGUGUGCUGUCCUCACUGGGCAAGGGUCAAUGGCUCAGGAUUGUGGGAUGGCACCUCUCAACACAAGAAUAGUGGGCGGUGAGAAUGCCACAGCUGGAUCAUGGCCCUGGAUGGUCAGCUUGCACUUCAGUUUUGCAGCACUUCACAUCUGUGGAGGGACCCUCAUCAGUGAUCAGUGGGUCCUCACAGCAGCCCACUGUAUCUUAAUAAGCCGCCCUAGUGUAUGGACUCUCUACUUGGGACGAGAGACUCAGUCUGGCCCUAAUGUUAAUGAGGUGAGUCGCAACGUGUCCCAGAUCAUCGUCCAUCCUAACUACAACGACACAUUGUUUAACAACGACAUUGCCCUGAUGAAGCUCAGCAGCCCUGUCACUUUCACUGACUACAUCAAACCUGUCUGCUUGGCAAGUAACUCCAGCCAGGUUCACAGCUCCACCCUCUGCUGGGCCACCGGUUGGGGCAGACUUAAAAAGGAUGAACCCUUGCCAAAUAAUUAUCCCCUGCAGGAGGUACAGAUUCCUGUUGUUGGAAAUAAUCAGUGCACUUGCAACUACCUCCCUCAACCAGCCGCAAACAUCACUGACGCAAUGAUAUGUGCAGGACAAGAAAACAAAGGAGCAUGUCAGGGGGACUCAGGUGGACCUCUGCAAUGCAAACAAAACUCAAAGUGGGUCCAGACUGGCAUUACCAGUUUUGGAGAACCUUGUGCUCUGGGCGAUUUCCCUGAAGUCUAUGCCCGAGUCUCCGAAUUCCAGACUUGGAUCAUGGAACAAGUGGCAGGGGCGAAUGUCAACUUUGUGACAUUCACCUCCAGUGGCACAGAUUCAGAUGACAGCUUUAUGUGUCGCAGCUCAAACGAAACCACAGCAGCUCCAAAUACGACUGCCACAGCAUCAACUGUUGUAACUGAGCUUACAUUUGUUGUCAUCUUGGUGACAGUGCUCCUGCAGCUCAUUGAAGCUAUAUAGUACAGUUUUGUGCUAACAACUCCUAAAUUUCUUCUGUUGUGUUGGGUUAUCUUUGUCUUUUAAAUCAUUUUACAAAGACUGAACUUACGUAUAACAUAAUGAUAUAGCUGAGUUUAUAUGGUAAUAGUGUCACUACUAGCUUUGGAGCAUGGCUUUGUCUCUGUUAAACCUGUAAGGUAAUUUUUUCACUUAAUUUAAUUCUUUCCUACAUGCCAGGAGUUCUCAAACUUAACUCUUAAAAGGUCUGCAUCUGGUUUUUAUUCAAGGUCAGGAGCAUGGAGUGAUUGGCUGGUUUAGACUGCAAAUUCAUCUGUCAACUCCUCUUUGAGUACUCAGUUUUCUCAGUCAGCUUUUCCUUUCUUUGUACAUUUCAACAUCUUCCUCUCUUUGGUGACAAGAUGUGCUGUGAAGACCCGCCCUACUCUUGUGUACAACUGUGUACUAGAGAAAACAAAUUCUGUGGUGUAAUGUUAAUGAGUGAACUCAGCAGCACAGACACCAGACACAUGACACGACACGACACAAUGUCAUGCCAUGGGAUGCAAUGCAACACGAUACGAUAUACUUUUAUGUCCCUGUAGGGAAAUUUGUCCUGGACUCAGGAGCUGCACAAGUAUUGCUGCUUUACAAUAAUAGUCCAGAAGAAAUAAAAAGCAUAUACCAUAAAAAAACACAGAAAGACAUACUACACAUAACAGUAUUGCACAUCAGCCACUCAUGUACCGCACAUAACACCAGCACACAACAGAGCACCAUAAGCAAAACACAACACAACACCUCAGCAUCAAGUGACAUUAUUUAAAAUCUUAACUGAGGUUGGCACAAAUGAAUUUUUAAAACGGUUCAGUUAAAAUUUGGGUAUCCUGUAUUGUCUGUGAACAGACUGCUCAUACAGUGUCUCGAGACAAAACCCCAGCAGUUAGCUAGCCUGGAAAUCCAGACCCAAAUCUAGAAAGAUUUAGGGUCUGGCUAUGAGUAAUGCAAAUGGCCCAACUCGAGGGGCAACACCAAGCAUGCAUUUGAAAAUAUCACUGCACACAAUUGGAUAACACUACGACCAAUCAGAACAAUACACGGGGUGACGUAUCCAGAGCUUAGCUACCAGCAGAGCUAACUGGUAGAUUAGACUCUUGCCAUAUCCGGUUGGCAAAACAGCAAAAAAGUCCUUCUUGCAAAGGAAAGACUCGAGCGCCGUCUUCUGUUCCUCUUUUAGUGAAAAAGCCAAGUCUAACUCGUUCAUUGUAGCGGCCAAAGACGUUUCAAACAACUGGUGUUCAUCCGUAGCCAUCUUGCAAUGUUUAGCGUCAUCUGUUUAGCUGCCCGCCUAUAUCAGAUACACCCAUGUGAUUGGUGCAGAUCGGCUACAAGGGCAUGGGUAAUGAGCAUCAUUACUGAUUGCCAGAGUGACUCGCUGAGCAAAUUCAAAUUGUGUUCUUGCGAGAACUCUGGAUUUCCAGGGUAGCAAUCAGCGCCGCCAUGACAACAAUGUCAGCGAUACAGAUAUAAGCUGCAUUCAAACCACAUUCAUCUGGGGAGAGGAAUGCUGUUAAAGAUCUUUAACAACACUGUUUAUUUAAGGUUGUUAACAAUUUUUUGAUCAACUGACAAUUUGUUUCAAAAUAGUAAAUGAUACACUUCGUAACAUAAUUUGUAUUCAGAACAAGAGAUACGGGCUGGGCUCGGAAUGACUUGUCGUUGGGUAGGAAUGCAGACCUUGACCGAGACUUUGAGAAGCCCUGCUGAAGGCCUACUUUAUAUAUCUAACUAUACAUAAAUCCUCUUUGAAUUCAUCUUAAUGUUAUGAAGCCAUUUGUGUUAUCAGCUGCAUCAAAAUGCACUUAAAGGAGCAGCGUGUAGGAUCGAGGGCAGAAAUGGAACAUAAUUAUAAUCAUGUUUUCAUUGGUGUAUAAUAACCUGAAACUAAGAUUCAUGUGUUUUCAUAACCUUGAAAAGGGGUGUGAAACAUAUGGCCAGAACCGGCCUGCCAAAGGGUCCAAUCUGGCCUGCUAGAUGACUUUGCACACCUAAUGUUGACACACAUGUGAAGGCUAAGAGGUUUCAGAAACAAGUUAAACAGUGAGUAGAUACUUAACAUAAAAAGUCUUUUCACUCUGGCCAGAAUACAGCUCUCUGGAAUAACAAUGAAUACUUUCUGUACUCAUCCUGAAAGAUAUUGAGCACUGUGCAAAACAUUGUCAACCAGCAGUUUCAGUACAAACGAAUUUGUAUCAGACUGACAAAACUUCAGACUGUAAAUGGGUUGUAAGGCAGGGGAUGACUUUACCUGCUUCUUCAAUAGCUUCCUCUUUAGUGGAAAAUUAUGAAAAACAAUGCACAUGUAAUGACAGCAAGUAGUAGACUGAUUGAAUGUGGAAAAACUGAAACAUACUGUUGAAUUUGCACAUAUUUUUCUUAGGAUAUCACAACCUAUUUAUCAUUAGUUUUGUAAAUGGAUGAAUGUUUUCAGAAUGAACUUUACACUAAAAACAGGAAACAUC